AGCGAGACUGACCGGUGCCUCGCGCUCUUCCACAUUUCCCUCUCCUCGAUUGCCGUCGAGCCGAUCGAGUCCUCGGUCGAUCCGCGGCUCCGAUCCGACACAGUUAACAGCCGACCCGCGUCACGUCGACACGAUGGCAGAGCAGAAAGCGUGUUCUUCCUCCUGCGGACCGGGCUACAAAAGUCCGAAAGCGGCGAUGGUCGAGGGGCCGCGCGAGAAACUCCUGUACGUCGUCUGCAUACACACGGAUCCCGAGAAGGCGGACGUCCUUAGCACCGUGGACGUGGAUCCUGAAAGUCCCACGUUCUGCCAGAUAAUACACAAAUUGAGGAUGUCAGUGGCCGGCGACGAGUUACAUCACUCCGGUUGGAACGUCUGCAGCAGCUGUCAUGGCUCACCGACGCACAAACGUGACACUUUGGUGUUGCCUAGUCUCAUGUCAGACCGGGUGUACUUUGUCGAUACCAGCAACGAGAAAGCACCAAAGAUGAAGAAGAUUCUGGAGCCGCAAGAGAUGCACAAGUACGGGAUAUCAACGCCGCAUACCUCGCACUGCCUGCCAACCGGUUUGAUAAUGAUCUCCACCAUGGGGAAUCUCAAUGGCGACGGACUGGGUGAAUUCUUCUGCAUCGAUGCGGAGACUCUGGAGGCGAAGAGCACGUGGACCAAGGGCUCCGCUAAAGCAGCUUUCGGCUACGACUAUUGGUAUCAGCCGUAUCACGAUGUGCUGAUCGCCAGCGAGUGGGGCGCGCCUAGAGUCUUCAAACGGGGUUACAACCCGAGCGACUCUGAAGAUCCCAAGAUCUACGGGCGAAGUCUGAACGUGUACUCGUGGAAGGAGCAGAAGCUGAAGCAAAGCAUCAACUUGGGAGACGACGGGAUCACGCCACUCGAGAUUCGAUUCCUCCACGAUCCUUACGCGUCCGAAGGAUUCGUGGGCUGCGCGGUAUCAUCCAACAUUUACCGCUUUUACAAGACGAAGGACGGCUCGUGGGACACGGAAAAAGUGAUUCAAGUGCCCCCGAAGGAGGUCGAAGGAUGGAUGUUGCCUACGAUGCCGGCCAUGAUCACCGACAUCCUGAUCAGCCUCGACGACAAGUACCUGUACAUGUCCAACUGGUUGCACGGCGACGUCCGACAGUACGACAUCUCGAACACGAAGAAGCCGAAGCUGACGGGUCAGGUCUUCCUGGGCGGGUCGAUAUUGGGCGACUCGCAGGUGCGCGUGACGAAGGACCUUGAGAUGUCGCGCCAGCCCGAUCCCGUGUACGUGAAGGGACGCAGGCUACAUGGAGCGCCGCAAAUGCUGCAGCUAAGCCUGGACGGACGUCGGCUGUACGUGACCACGUCGAUCUUCAAGCCGUGGGACAAAGAAUUCUAUCCCGACCUUCUCAAAUACGGAUCGACGAUGGUGAAACUCGAUAUCGACGUGAAGAAGGGCGGCAUGAAGCUCGACGAUCAAUUUCUCGUUGAUUUCGGCGCCGAUAAGGACGACAUCCUACUCGCGCACGAGAUGAGAUACCCCGGCGGAGAUUGCACGUCCGACAUAUGGCUGCCGGAAAAACACUGACUUGGACGCAUUUGCGAUGGAGGAGGGGUCGCGCCAAGGAUACUUUGACAUCUGCGAGAACAGCGCUUGCGAUAUCGCGUUUUAUAUAGCAAUAAUAUAUCCUGUACGAUUUUUCCUCGUAAUAAAAACUCGCGAUAUUUUCA